UUUCACUGCCAUGGUUUCUACUCCUGAGAACCGCCAGACUUUCAUCACCUCAGUCAUCAAAUUCCUGCGCCAGUAUGAGUUUGACGGGCUGGACUUUGACUGGGAGUACCCUGGCUCUCAUGGGAGCCCUCCUCAGGACAAGCAUCUCUUCACUGUCCUGGUGCAGGAAAUGCGUGAAGCUUUUGAGCAGGAGGCCAAGCAGAUCAACAAGCCCAGGCUGAUGGUCACUGCUGCAGUAGCUGCUGGCAUCUCCAAUAUCCAGUCUGGCUAUGAGAUCCCCCAACUGUCACAGUACCUGGACUACAUCCAUGUCAUGACCUACGACCUCCAUGGCUCCUGGGAGGGCUACACUGGAGAGAACAGCCCCCUCUACAAAUACCCAACUGACACCGGCAGCAACGCCUACCUCAAUGUGGAUUAUGUCAUGAACUACUGGAAGGACAAUGGAGCACCAGCUGAGAAGCUCAUCGUUGGAUUCCCUACCUAUGGACACAACUUCAUCCUGAGCAACCCCUCCAGCACUGGAAUUGGUGCCCCCACCUCUGGUGCUGGUCCUGCUGGGCCCUAUACCAAGGAGUCUGGGAUCUGGGCUUACUACGAGAUCUGUACCUUCCUGAAAAAUGGAGCCACUCAGGAAUGGGAUGCCCCGCAGGAAGUGCCUUAUGCCUAUCAGGGCAAUGUGUGGGUUGGCUAUGACAACGUCAAGAGCUUCGAUAUUAAGGCUCAAUGGCUUAAGCACAACAAAUUUGGAGGCGCCAUGGUCUGGGCCAUUGAUCUGGAUGACUUCACUGGCACUUUCUGCAACCAGGGCAAGUUUCCCCCAAUCUCCACCCUGAAGAAGGCCCUCGGCCUGCAGAGUGCAAGUUGCACGGCUCCAGCUCAGCCCGUUGAACCAAUAACUGCUGCUCCCAGUGGCAGCGGGAACGGGAGCGGGAGUAGCAGCUCUGGAGGCAGCUCGGGAGGCAGUGGAUUCUGUGCUGGCAGAGCCAACGGCCUCUACCCCGUGGCAAAUAACAGAAAUGCCUUCUGGCACUGCGUGAAUGGAGUCACGUACCAGCAGAACUGCCAGGCCGGGCUUGUCUUCGACACCAGCUGUGAUUGCUGCAACUGGGCAUAA